AAGUGAAAUGCCGAAUUUUCGGUGUAAAUUCGGCAUCACUCUCUCUCUCUCUCUCUCUCUCUCUCUCUCUCUCUCUCUUGUUUUUUUUCCCGUGAGAAAACAAAACUCUCUUGAAAAUUGUUGUCCGUCAUUUCGCUUGGCUUUGGAAGAAUCCGAAGCCUUCAAGCAACUGAGACUUCUUCGACUCACUCACUCUCUCUCUGUGGACUCCGCAGCAAAUAUCUGAAGCAAGUAAUAGAAAGCUGAAAUUCAAGCAACUCAUAUGAUACUCUGUUGAUUACAGAAGUUGUCAUUUCGGUAUGGAGAUUCUAUCAUGCCACUCUCUGCCAGGCUAUCAUGUUAGAAUGAUGAGUGGUCAGUUGCUUGAGAAAAGCUUAAGUCCACGUCUGUUGAAGCUUUCCCAGUGCACAUAUCCAAGAUAUUCUAAGCAAGACCAUUUAUGCUUAAACAAGCUUUACAAAAGUCGGGCUCCUCAAUCGUACAAUCCUCUUAAAGGGUUUCGAAGUUCUGAUACGAGGGUCUUUAGUGGCUAUGACUCUUAUGUAGUAGAUGACGAAGAGGGUCUAAGAAGUGUUACUGGAAGUGGGGAACAGGUAACUAAGGUGUUGAUUCCUGACUUGCCUGAUGAAUCUAAUGGUGAUCACGGAGCUCCCAUUAGCAGUUGUUUUUGGGAGUGGAAGCCCAAACUCAAUGUCCAUUACGAAAAAUCAGGUUCUGACAAUGUCAAUUCCCCUCCGGUGCUCUUUCUUCCUGGUUUUGGUGUUGGUUCCUUUCAUUAUGAGAAGCAACUAAAGGACUUGGGCCGUGAAUUUAGAGUAUGGGCCGUAGAUUUUCUUGGACAGGGCAUGUCAUUGCCAUCUGAAGAUCCCACUCAGUCCAAGGAUGGUGGAAUUUCAGUGGGGGAAAAUUCUUUGUGGGGCUUCGGAGAUGAAACUGAACCUUGGGCGAACAAGCUUGUUUAUUCUAUUGACUUAUGGCAGGACCAAGUUCAGUAUUUUGUAGAAGAGGUCAUUAAGGAACCAGUUUAUAUAGUAGGGAACUCACUCGGUGGAUAUGUUGCACUCUACUUUGCAGCGUGUAACCCACAUUUGGUGAAGGGUGUUACGUUACUCAAUGCAACACCUUUUUGGGGAUUUCUCCCUAAUCCUAUUACGUCUCCAAGACUAGCAAGAGUGUUUCCAUGGGCUGGGACAUUUCCUCUUCCUGCCCGUGUCAGAAAGCUCACAGAAGUAGCUUGGCAGAAAAUAAGUGAUCCUGGUAGUAUUGCGGAGAUACUUAAGCAAGUUUAUGCAGAUCACUCAACAAAGGUUGAUAAAGUUUUUUCCCGAAUAAUUGAGACAGCUCAACAUCCAGCUGCUGCUGCUUCUCUUGCUUCAAUCAUGUUUGCUCCUCGGGGACAACUAUCCUUCAAGGAGGCUUUGUCUAGGUGUCAAGCGAACAAUGUACCUGUAUGCCUCGUGUAUGGGAAAGAAGACCCAUGGGUGAAGCCUAUUUGGGGUCUUCAGGUGAAGAGACAGCUGCCAGAAGCUCCAUAUUAUGAGAUCAGCCCUGCUGGCCACUGCCCUCACGAUGAAGUUCCUGAGGUUGUGAACUACUUACUGCGUGGAUGGAUCAAAAACCUGGAGACCGAUGGUUCUGUUGCAUUACCCCUGCUUGAUGAUCCAGAAUUCGUUGAGCACAACGUUGCAAGGGAUUUGGAAUUUAGUAGAGAAGGAUCAAAAAGAUCGGUGAGAGUGCAGUUCUUCGGUUCUAAGUUCUCUCUAUGGAAUCUGAUAAGCUCCUAUAUCAAAACCCAGCUCGAAAAUCUUAGAAUUAACUCUUAACUAAUUUAGCCUGUUGUUCCAUGUCAUAAUUCUGUGUCUGUAAGUGCAAUAUAUGUUCUAGUAUAUUGAUUAAUUUGUAUAUUAAAGAGGUCAUUUCCUUGCAUGUAUAGAUUUGUAGACCCAGAAUGUCAUUCUCAAGUUUAAAUACUUCAUUUUUCUAUGAUUUCAAACCCA